ACUGAAGAACCCUUGAAGGACCAUCUUUUUUGAGUGUGUGCAAAUGAACACUGAUUAAAAAGUACAGAAACUACAUUUCCCAGCAGCACCUGUUGGUUCGCCCACAGAAGCGCUGCGCUGAAAAAGGAGAGCUACAACGUCACUGUAAAGUGAAUUAUUAGCGUCCUUGUGGGUGUGAAAUGGAAUAUUAUUGUGAUAUUAAUGGUCUCAACAUCGCCAAAGCCUGAUUCGUGUUUUCAGUUUUUCCACGACUUUUUUAUUUUUCAAGCGGGCUUUUAUUUUGGCGGAAAAGUCAUAUGACUUGCCAGCAGCUGCGGCUCAUUACGCGGAGCUGCGGGAGCGAAAGAGCCAAAAUAGAGGAACCGAAAAUCAGUGCAGGAACUUUAAGGUGCCUAUAAGAGCUCAGAGGAGUGGAGCGACGGUUUUUAGACGCUUACGGACAAGAAACGGCUCGACGCUGCUGUGCUGGGUUUGUUUUCGUGGCUGCGGCUCUAUUUCAGUCUGUCAGCGGACCAUGAGCCCGUCUGAGCUGAGCUGAGCUGAGAGGAGCUCACCGACUCUCUCAGAGCAGAGACAGCUGAGAAACCCCGCUCUCUGUCUCAGUUUCUCCUUUUCCACACUCCCUGGAUUCGUGUGAGGACCCUCAGGUCACACAGCCGAAGUAGAAGGUGGGGUUUAAGGGGAGAGUGCCCCCCUAAACCGAACUAACCUCGCUGUCAGACGGAGAUAGUGACACUGAAGCUGCGCCGUCAUGAGUGAACGGACUCCGCUCCUCCACUACCGCCUCUCCGCGAGCAUCAAUGAAUCCGCCGAGCAUCACUCGGAGUCCGGCCAGGAGGCGCUGGAUCAGCCGCCGAGCGCGGUGCGCCGGAGGUCCGCUCAGAGCCAGCCCCAGAAACUGUCCACCUUCUUCGGCGUGGUCAUCCCCACCCUGCUGUCCAUGUUCAGCGUGGUGGUGUUUUUGCGGAUAGGGUUUGUGGUGGGACAGUGUGGUCUGUAUCAGACCGUGGCCAUGUUUCUGGUGGCGUAUUUCAUCAUCAGCAUGACCGUUCUCUCCGUCUGCGCCAUCUCCACCAACGGAGCCCUCGACGCUGGAGGAGCCUACUAUAUGAUCAGUCGAGCUUUAGGGCCGGAGUUUGGAGGCAGCAUUGGCAUCAUGUUCUUCUUCGCUAACGUGUGCGGCAGCGCCCUCUUUGUGCUGGGGCUGGUGGAGGCCGUCCUCGCAACGUUCGGCAUGUCUGAAGAUGGUGUAGACUCUUCCUCUAAGUAUGCGGUGUUGCCGGUGAGCUACUGGUGGUCUCUGCUGUACGCCACAGCCAUCCUGCUGGUGUGUCUGCUGGUGUGUUUGGUGGGCGCUUGGAUUUACGCCAAGGCCACCUUCCUCAUCUUCCUGGUGGUGAUGGUGGUGCUGGCGACCAUCUUUAUCAGCUUUUUCGCUGUAAAGCCGCAGACGGUCACUCUGCCUGGCCCCCUCACCAACUCCUCCCCCACCACCGCCAACUUCACCGGCUUCAAACUGGACACGCUGCGCCGAAACCUCGGAGCUGAUUACACAGUGGAUUACACAACGGGGACGAUGAUGACGUUCGCCACGGUGUUUGCGGUGAUGUUCAAUGGCUGUACGGGAAUCAUGACGGGCUCUAAUAUUUCAGGUGACCUGAAGAACCCGAGUUAUGCCAUCCCUCGCGGAACAAUCACUGCGGUCAUCUUCACUUUCAUCAUCUACAACCUGCUGAGCUUAUUGGUGGCCUGCACCUGUGACAGACUGCUGUUACAGAGGGACUACAGUUUUUUGAGGGAUAUAAACCUCUGGCACCCUUUCGUCACCAUCGGUGUGUAUUGCUCCACCCUCUCCGCUGCCAUGAGUAACCUGAUCGGAGCGUCCCGUAUCCUCUACGCCCUCGCGCGAGAUGAUCUGUUUGGUAAAGUCUUAUCCCCAGCGAAGAAAACCUCGGCCAGUGGGAACCCCUGGGUCUCCGUGCUCAUCUCCUGGUUUCUCGUGCAGCUGGUGUUGUUUUCGGGUAAACUGAACACUAUAGCGAGUAUAGUGACUAUAUUCUUCCUGCUGGUGUACGCGGCGGUGGACCUGGCCUGUCUGGCUCUGGAGUGGGCCUCCGCUCCCAACUUCAGGCCUACGUUUCGUUACUUUACAUGGCACACGUGUGUGUUGGGGAUCGUGGGCUGUGGGGUGAUGAUGUUCCUGAUAAACCCCAUUUAUGCUUCAGCCAGCAUCGUCUUCAUGCUCCUACUGCUGCUGAUCAUCCACUACCUCAGCCCCACCAGCAGCUGGGGAUACAUCAGCCAAGCGCUCAUAUUCCACCAGGUGCGCAAGUAUCUGUUGAUGCUGGAUGUUCGUAAGGAUCAUGUGAAGUUUUGGAGGCCACAGGUUCUGCUGAUGGUGGCUAAUCCACGGGCCAACAUCGGCUUAAUCACCUUCAUCAACGACAUCAAGAAGAGCGGCCUCUACGUACUGGGCCACGUGCAGAUAGGAGACCUGGCCGUCCUCCCCUCUGAUCCUCUGCAGUGUCAGUAUGACUCGUGGCUGUCUCUGGUGGAUCAUCUGAACAUUAAAGCCUUCGUUAACCUCACUUUAGCCGACUCUGUAAGGCAUGGAGUUCGGCAUCUGCUCUUCAUCUCUGGACUGGGUGGGAUGAGGCCCAACACGCUGGUUCUUGGUUUCUACGACAACCUCCCUCCUCAGGACCAACUCCAGGACCGCUCAUUCCACUCAGAUCGAUCCCUGGAUGACCCCGCCCUGGCUGAGGACCAGGAAGACCCGCUUUUCCACUUCCCGCCUCUCAGAGGGAGCGUUCUGGAGGAUAAAAACAUAGGCGGGGCUUGGGGCGGGAAAGCCCUGGGCCCUCAGGAGUAUGUCUCCAUCAUCGCAGACGCCGUGAAGAUGCUGAAGAACGUGGCGCUGGCACGCUAUUUCGGACAGUUUGACCGGCAGCGUGCCCUGCAAAGCCCCGUCUUCGUGGAUGUUUGGCCAGUCAACCUCUUGCGCCCGGACAGCAGUUCGUACGUGGACACGUGCUCCCUGUUCCUCCUGCAGCUGGCCUGCAUCCUCAACAUGACCAGGUCUUGGCAGAAGGCCAAGCUCCGCCUCUUUCUGUGUGUGGAGGCGGGGCGAAGCCUGAAGGGGGCCGAGCAAAAGCUGAGGCUGCUCCUGAAGGAGCUGAGGAUGAAGGCGGAUAUUUACACGGUGCCUUGGGACGAGCAAGUGGCACUGCACUGGCAGAGGCAGCACGUGGGCAUGGCCAUAGAGGCAGAGCCUGAGAAAGGAGAGAGGGACGGAGUUCAGAAGGAGGCCGAGGAGGAAGUGGAGGAGGAGGAGGAGUACGCGAACAGCUUCCCCAGCAACGCCGUGAGGCUGUCGGACGACUACCUGCACGCCGUCAACCGGCUGAUCCUGGACCAACCCCGCCCCCCGCCUGCCGUGCGCUUCUUGUAUUUGCCCCGACCACCUGCCGACACCAGACGCUACCACAACUACCUGCACCAGCUGGAGCUGCUGAGCCGAGACCUUGGGCCCACCCUGCUGAUCCACGGGGUCACCCCUGUCAUCACCACUGACCUUUGA